UCUGUUUUUUUGUUAUCGCAUUUUGUAAAAAGUUCAAAAUCAGUUUAAACAUUGACCUAAUUGAUAAUAAUGGUCCACUAUAUUAAUGUGGAAUUAUGUAAAGUAAAGUCUAAAAUUACCGACAAAUAAGUGCGACGAUUAAAGAAAAAAAUACAACGGAAGGUGUAUUUGCAUAUGCACAGCAUAUUGAGUGAAUUUGAAGAAAGUGACCUCAUCUCUAGUCUAACUCUAAUCCAAACCUUGUAUUAAAGUGCCUUUCAUCUCUAAAUACAAAUAAUGAGAGACGGAAUAAGAUUACGUCAGCAUGUUACAAAAAGAUCUUCCGGUGAUAUACUAUAUGAAGAUAAAACUUCUUCAAAGAAGAAGGAAAUACUGCCAAAUGAAACUCAACAUUUGCUUUUCCUUUUUACAUUCUACCUAUUUCUGUCCAUUGUUAUAAUCGCAUUUGAAAAGAAAUUACCUGAACCUUUAACAAUAAAGAAAGAAGGUUUAUAUCCUGGGAGAUUCAUAGGUGAAAGAGCACAUAAUCAUGUUGUAAAUCUUACGUCCAUUGGUCCACGAAUUGUUGGAAGUUAUGAGAAUGAAGUAUUAGCAAUUAAAUAUUUAACAAACAGUAUCAAUAAUAUUAUUAAAGAUGCCAGUGCAAAUCAUAAAAUUUUAGUAAAUGUAACCAAACAUAGUGGAGCUUUUCCCUUAAAAUUUCUUGAUGGCAUGACAAAUGUUUAUAGAAAUGUACAAAAUGUCAUUGUCAGAAUUGGUCCAAAUAGACCCACUCAAACCAGUUUGUUGGUAAAUUGUCACUUUGAUACAUUUCCUGAAAGUCCUGGUGGAUCUGAUGAUGGAGCUGGUUGUGCUGUGAUGUUAGAAACCUUACGCGUAAUUGCUCAUAGUUCAAAGUUGUUAAAGCAUAAUAUUAUAUUUUUAUUUAAUGGUGCUGAAGAAAAUUUAUUACAGGCUUCUCAUGGCUUUAUAACACAACAUCCUUGGGCUAAGGAAGUGCGUGCGUUUGUAAACUUAGAAGCUUGUGGUGCAGGCGGUCGUGAAUUGUUAUUUCAGGCUGGACCUGAUAGCUCUUGGAUCCUUCAGGUAUACGCUAAGUCGGUUCCCUAUCCCUAUGCAUCAUCCUUAGCUCAAGAAAUAUUUGAAAGUGGUAUUGUACCUGGGGACACUGAUUUUCGAAUUUUCAGAGAUUUUGGAAACGUUUCUGGUCUUGAUUUUGCAUGGGCAACCAAUGGUUACGUGUAUCAUACAAAAUUUGAUAAUAUCCAACAAAUACCAUUGGGAUCUUUGCAAAGAACUGGAGAUAAUAUUCUUGCUUUAUUACAAGGAGUAGUUUUAGAAGAUUAUUUAUCCGAAGCGUCGUUUCAAGAAAACGUAGGGAAUCUUGUGUUCUUUGAUUUCUUAGGCGCAUUUGUUAUCAGAUGGCCGCAACACGUGGCAAGUACAAUUAACGUUGCUGCCAUAAUCGCUGGUAUAUAUUCAAUAUAUCUAAACACUAAAAGUGCUCGGAAAGAUGUAAAAAGAUCAAUAUACCUAAAGCAUUUAGUAUUAUGUAUUGGGGCAAUAAUCGUUUCAUGGCUAGUCUCGACUUUAUCUUGCACAUUAAUUGCACUCAUUCUUACAAAACUUGGGAAAGUUAUGAGUUGGUACGCAAGACCAGCAUGGUUGUUUUUCUUAUAUAUAUGCCCAACUAUUUUCGUAUCAAUGACGUUUUUCUCGUUCGUUGGGUCACGUCAAAAGAAGGAAGUUAAGUCCACGUGGAUCUUAUAUCAAAUAUACUGUGAUGCAUAUUUUGUAAUGUGGAUGUUCAUUCUCUUCUGUUGUGUUCUGUUUGAAAUCCGAUCUGGUUUUAUACCACUACACUGGGUCGUAUUUCCCACGAUUGGAAACUUACUUCGAUAUCAUUUCUUUAAUAAAUGGAGAGGCUGGAAAUGGCUAUUCUGUUAUUUAGCAACAAUGUGUUUACCUUAUAUACAAUCCUUCUACUUGGUAAUAGGAGCUCUUUAUCUGUUCAUUCCAAUAAUGGGACGAGCUGGUAGCAGUAUAAAUUCUGAAGUUGUCAUGGCUAACAUGUUAUGCAUAUUAUUCUGCUUACUGCUUAGUUUCACGUUACCAAUUGUACUUUUGAUUAAAAAUGCCGAACGAAUUCUAAGCGUGCUAGCUGGAAUAUUCUUAAUAACUAUAGGUGUAUUAAUUCUGACUCCGCUUGGUUUUCCUUAUAGCGGUGAUUUAUCAUCUGUAGCGCCUCAACGAUUUAUGAUCGCGCAUUCACAAAGACAAUAUUACGAUAUUAAUGGUAAACUACGGUAUUCUGGAACUGGGUACUGGAUAGCUGAUCUAGAUAUGAAUAGUCCAUACAGCGUGGAAGCUAUGGUACCGGAAAUAGGUGCUGUAACACCGACAGUAAAGGAUUGUGAGAAAGAGUUAUACUGUGGCUUACCGUAUUUCAUGCCUGUUACAACAUUUUUAUGGAAAACAAGUUGGAUUCCAGGUCCUGCACCAUUGAUUAAUAUUCCAACAAAACUUGAACUUGUUUCAAAAUCAACGAAACAAAAUACUGUCAGUUUCACAUUCAAUGUUACAGGUCCAGAUCAUAUAAGCAUAAUUUUAUCACCGUACAAAGGUGUCCAUUUAGAAAAAUGGUCUGUUUUGGAGGGGAAACCUUUGCAAGGACCUAAAUGGAAUGAUAGAGAAACGUAUUUUAUCUAUUAUUCUUGUGCAUCUGAUUGUGUUCCUUUUACGUUUUCCCUCGAAUUGCACGUGAACAGUAUGCCAAAAACUCCAUGUUUAUCAGUGGCGUUGGGUGGUCACUUUUUGCAUGGUGAACAUCAAACAUCAUUAAGAUUCAAGCGAUUUUUGGCACAAUUUCCAUCUUGGUCGGUGGUCACUCCGUGGACAGCAACGUACACCUCUUGGCAAUUUUAAUAUUACAUCAAGCAAUUCCACCUGUACCAAAUGCAUUUGCAACAAAAUAGUCAGCGGGAGCCUAACGAGGAUGGCACUGUACUAGGAUAGUAAUAGAUACGUCUAAAAGACAUAUAAUAUCUAAACAAUGCAAACUUAUAAGCUUAAGGAUUAGAGUAAUCCCAUAUUAUAUAUACACAGAUUCCUUGCAAUUGCAAUAUAGCAAGACACACUAAGAUUACCACUUAAAAGAAAAUAUUAAAGAAUGAAAUGUCUUUCAUUCUAUUUAUAUAACAUUUUUUACUAGUACAUUAUCGAUACCAUUUUUCGAAGUAGUCUUAAGACAUGGAUCGUAAACGACAUGAGAGUAAAUAUUGCCUCAUAAAUAAAUUUCUAUUUCAGUGAUUGUAACUAUCUAUUGUAGGGAUCUAAUAUGAUUUAGCAUAUCAAACGUAUGCCUUAGAAUAACUACAGCUACAUUCAAAUUUUAAAUGCUUUAGAUUUAUCUAUGAUAAUGGCUAGAAAGACUUCAAAAAUUAUUUUCUUUGAGUGAGUAAAGUACAGUCUUGUGUGAAUAGUUUAGAAGCAUAAACGACAUAAUCUGCUUUAUCACUCAAUGAAAGUUAUACUAAUUAUUUAGUAUCAAUAUUCCUUUUUAAUUUAACUUAACAUAAACUUACCGUGUAGUAAUCUUAAUGUUUUUUUUCCAUUGUUGAAUUGUACAGUUAUUGCAUACAUAUAUCCAUCUUUUUGUUUAGAGUUUUGUUGUUUUCACAAUUGUUUUAUUAUAUAUAGGCAAUAAUAAUCUCUUAGACAGAUGCUGAAUACAUAGUUGCAUUUUUGAAAGACGACUCUUUUUUUUCUAUAUAUUUAUUGUUUCAGAGAGACUGAAUCUUUGUUGUUGUUAUUUGUUAACUAUCUUUGUUUUAUUAUAGUUGAUUGUUUUGUAAUAUUAUAAUAUUGUAUGCAAUAGUCAUUACAAUUUAUUGUUUGAGCAGAUAAUUAUAGUUCACCGAAUUAAAAGUCAUAUCUACGAUUAGAAUACAAUUUCAAAGAGGAAUACAAUUUACUCGAGGAAACGUUUAUCGAUGCGAUAAAAUCGCAUUAUCGAUCGAAUUAAAUCGUAAGAAAAUUAUGCCAACAUUGGUAGCCAAUUACGUAGCCAGAAGUAAGUUCAAAGUAUUAAUAGGAAAUAAUGUAAUAAAUUUCAAUAUGAAAAUAUUACUUUUACAUUGUUAUAUGAUAGUAGCGUGUUCAUGCGUUUGCUGCUUGUUAUAUGAGAACAAAGAAAUCAGAAAAUUUAAUUUUAUACCGUUAAUUGGAACUCGACAGAAAAAAAAAAAUUCUAACUUCUGAAAUCUUCUAUUAAUUUAACUUUUUAAUAUUUACUUCAUUAAUGACUAUUUUAAUCAAACAUAGUUCUGUGGUGUGAAUUCGUUUAAAACAAUCUUAUUGUACAGUCUCGUUACUAAGAUGUUUCAUUGCACAAAUUAUUAGUAUUUUACUUAACAGUAUUUUGCACAAAGUUCAACUAUUUAAUUAAGAUGUUUUAAUUAAACGCACAUUAUUAUGGAUUUGUAAUUUAUUGUUCAAAGGAUCUCGUGAUAAAUUGAUUUGACUUCGCUCAAUGCAGUCAAGUCUUAUUUAAUCAAUUACUGCGAACAAGUAUUGUCCCUAAAUUUGUUAUUUAAGUAGUCACUCACAGAUUUUUUGUGUUACAAUCUACUAUGUACAUUCACUAUUGUUAUUUAGCGAUUCUUGUUAAACAAACAAUGGUUAACACAGGGAGCGAACAAUAAAAGAGUUGAGAAUUAAA